AUGGCCUUCAUACGGCAGACUUGGACCUUGACGGCCAAGAACUUGAAGAUUGUGUUGUUUCGCCACUCAUUAGCAACUGUCGUUCGAGCCUUCGUGCUGCCAAUAGUCCUCGGGGCCUUGCUGAGUUUCGCGAGGAAUCUGCUCGCUACACCAGCAGUCUUCGGCAUUGGUGAUCCGCACCCGGUCCGGUCACUGGCCAGCGCACUCGAUGUCGCCACUCAAACAGGCCGUGAGAAAGUUGUAUUCAUCAACAGUGGCCACUCAGGCGGUGACAUUGAUCGCGUCAUCGAUUCGCUUGCCCGCGUUGUGACAGACGCCGGCAAAACUGCGACGAGACUUUCAUCAGUCACCCAGUUACGGACCGAGUGCCGUACGACUCUCCGUUCCGUGACCACGUGCUAUGGCGCCGUGGUUUUCAAUGCCUCCCCGGAUGAGGGCAGUGGCGGAAUCUGGAACUACACGCUCAGGGCAGACGGCUCAUUGGGCGCCAAGAUUGACACUACCAAGGAUACCAAUGAUGCCGAGAUCUUCACUCUCCCGCUGCAGAGGGCGGUUGAUGCAACGAUUGCAAAUCUCAAUUCCACUGGCGGCGGGUCUUUCCCAAGAACGACGGAGGAGUACCCUUUUACCUCGUUGACCCAGGAGGAACGCGCACAGCAGAUCAGACGCAACUACCAGUCCGCUUUGUCGAACUGGCUAGCCGUGGCUUUUCUCCUCACGCUCAUCGGCGUAUGCUAUCACAUGACGGGGUUCAUGGCUACAGAGCGAGAAUCGGGCAUGGCCCAGCUACUCGACGCCAUGAUGCCAACACGACAUAGGUGGCACGCACAGGCGUCUCGACUGCUCUCCUACCACAUCGCGUUCACUCUGGUCUACCUCCCGGGUUGGGUCAUAUCAUCGCUCAUCAUUGGACGUGGAGUCUUUGCGACUACUAACGUGGGCAUGAUUCUGAUCUACUUCAUCCUAUGCGGCUUAGCUCUUUCGUCGCUGUCUAUACUCGGUGCAGCUUUCUUCCACAAGGCACAGCUCUCGGGUGUCGUUUGUACCAUUGUAUACUGCGUUCUGGGCGUCCUUGCACAAUCUCUCACCUCACCAAACAACGGCACUGUUGCUAUUUUGAGCUUACUAUUUGCUCCAUGCAACUUUGUUUACUUUCUGACCUUUGUUGCCCGCUUUGAAAAGCAUUCUUAUCCCACCAGUCUCACCGAGAGCGGUCCAGAGAGUCCCUGGACUCUCCCGGGUAUUGUUCUCUGGAUCUUCCUGAUUAUACAGAUAAUCGGAUAUCCUAUCCUAGGUGCGGUACUAGAACGUAAAUUCCAUGGGUCGACGACUAAGGGCAGGACGAUCAUCCGGGGUAACGGUAAUGGCAAUGCCCCGCAUGCUGCAGUCAGAUUGGAAAAGUUCACGAAAAUUUACAAGCCAAGUGCCCUUCGCCGCUUGUUCACCUUCAUUUCUCGUCCCAGGGAGCCUGUUGUAGCAGUCAACGAGUUAAUGCUGACGGCUGGGCGAGGCCAGAUUCUGGCUCUGUUGGGUGCUAAUGGUUCUGGGAAAAGUACAACACUGGACUCAAUUGCGGGAACCAGCAAGCUCACAAGUGGGCAAAUUACUAUCGAUGGCACCGGUGGCCUGGGAAUUGCUCCCCAGAAGAACGUCCUCUGGGACGAGUUGACCGUGUUCGAGCAUAUUCGGAUAUUCAACCGACUCAAGUCACCAAGAAACCACUCCACCCACGCUGAGAUAGAGCAGUUAAUCAACUCUGUGGAUCUCGGCCCGAAACUCAAAGCCAUGUCAAGAACACUAUCCGGCGGCCAGAAGCGAAAGUUGCAACUAGGAAUGAUGUUGACUGGUGGAAGUGCUGUUUGUUGCGUCGAUGAGGUCUCUUCCGGUAUCGAUCCUCUUUCUCGCCGGAAAGUAUGGGACAUCCUGCUCGCUGAAAGGGGGAGACGCACGAUUAUCUUGACGACUCACUUUCUGGAUGAAGCAGACCUCCUCGCAGAUCAGAUCGCAAUCUUGUCAAAGGGAACACUGCGAGCUCAAGGUUCCUCUGUGGAGCUGAAAGAUCGCCUCGGAGCUGGGUACCGAAUCCACGUCUUCAACGCUCGUGACAUCAAAGAUCCUCCCGAAGUGGCGGGUGUUGUUCGAAAGGUUUCCUUUGAUGUGAUCAGCUAUAUCGCACAAACAUCAGCUGCAGCCGCCGAAGUGAUUCGAACGUUGGAGAACGCCGGCAUCCACGAUUACAAAUACUCUGGGCCAACAAUUGAGGACGUUUUCCUCCAGGUUGCUGAAGAAAUCAAGGGCGAAGCGAUUCUGCGGCCAGAUGCCGGAAUUGCUAAGGGCAAUGCUGCAAAUGAUAAGCAUACCAGCUCUGAAGAUGUCUUGGCCGUGGAAGGAUCCGAUAAAGAAAACCUGGAACUGCUCUCAGGACAGCACAUUGGUUUCGCAAAGCAGAUCCUGAUUCUGUUCGAGAAGCGUUACACCAUCUUCAAAAGAAACUGGUUCCCCUACGCUGCUGCAUUUCUCAUCCCAAUCAUCACUGCCGGCCUGACUUCUCUAUUCAUUAAGGGGCAAGACCAGCCGUCCUGCACGCCAACGGAACAAAACUCUGGCGGGUCAAGUUCUAAUUUCAAUGACCUGUUCAAGAAUCUCUUUCUUGUCGCUGGACCAUCUACAUCCUCGCAGUUUAGCGCGUCCGCUCUAACACGCCUUCUAGUUCCAGUUUUCCAGAACCAACUUGGCGGUGGCACCGGGGGUUCAAGCAGCUCGGGGACUGGAAGCUAUUCAGGGCUGAUAGCCUCCAUUGUCAACCAUACUCAUCUGGUCAACUCACUCAACGAUUUUGACAACUAUAUCAUCCAAAACCGCAAGAACGUGACACCAGCUGGGUGGUGGCUUGGCGAUGCCACGUCACAGCCAACACUGGCCUACAAAGCCGUCCCCGGCCCUGAUGUAUACACGUCAGUUAUUGGUCAGAACAUCCUGGACACCAUGCUGGCAAACAUCAGCAUUGCUACGACAUAUGCGCCGUUUGAUACUCCUUGGGUCCCCAGCACUGGCAAUUCCCUACAACUGUUGAUCUACUUCGGCUUGGCACUCUCUGCCUAUCCAGCUUUCUUUGCGCUGUAUCCUAAUGUCGAACGGCGCCGCAACGUUCGUGGCCUGCAAUACUCUAACGGUGUUCGAUCUCUCCCUCUAUGGACUGCCUACACUGCCUUCGACUUUGCCAUUGUGCUGGUAUCUACAAUCAUCGUCGUCGCUUUGUGGGCCGGCCUUUCAAACGUCUGGACUUAUAGCACUGGUUAUCUCUUCCUCAUUUUCAUGCUCUACGGUCUGGCAUCGACCCUUAUGGCGUAUGUUAUCUCACUGUUUUGCAAAACACAGCUGUCCGCCUACGCAUUUGCGGCAGCGGGUCAGGCAGUCGGGUUCCUCGUCUAUAUCAUUGCCUACCUAUGCGUCUUGACAUACUCCCAGAUCAACAAGAUCGAUCAGGAUAUUCUACUGGUGCACUUCAUUGUCUCAGCUUUCGUGCCUAUAGGCUCGGUCGUUCGGACACUGUUCAUCGCGCUCAACUUGUUCUCAUCAGCGUGCGAUGGGACUGUCCUCAAUCCCAACCCUGCUGCAAUGACAGUCUACGGAGGCCCGAUCCUAUACCUUAUCCUGCAGUCGAUUAUCCUCUUCGGUAUCCUAUUAUGGUAUGAUAGCGGAGCAGGACUCAAUAUAUUCCGCCGCCUCACCCAAAAGCCUGUCGACCCGAACGCUGAUCAGGCGAUCUCGGAUGACGAAGUCGCCAAUGAACUCACAAGGGUCACCAGCACGCCGCAGUCCUCUGACGGGCUGCGUGUGAUGCAUCUGACCAAGUCAUUUGGAAAGAACACAGCUGUUGACAAUGUCACUUUCGGUGUCAAGCACGGCGAGGUCUUUGCUUUGCUGGGUCCCAAUGGUGCAGGCAAAUCCACGACAAUAUCUUUGAUCCGUGGAGAUAUCCAGCCAAGCCGCAACGGCGGAGACGUAUUUGUCGAAAAUACCUCUGUCUCUAGGCGAAGAGCAGCGGCCCGAGGACACCUGGGCGUCUGUCCCCAGUUUGAUGCCAUUGAUUCUAUGACCGUGGAAGAACACCUGCGGUUCUACGCCAAGAUCCGAGGCAUCCCCGACGUGAACCACAACGUCAAAGCUGUCCUCCGUGCGGUCGGCCUCGGUGCCUUCUCAACCCGCAUGGCUCACGCACUUUCGGGCGGCAAUAAACGAAAGCUCUCCCUUGGUAUCGCGCUGAUGGGCAACCCAUCUGUUGUCCUUCUUGACGAGCCGUCGUCUGGUCUCGAUGCCGCCGCCAAGCGAAUCAUGUGGCACACGCUGGGCACCAUCGUCCCGGGACGAUCGAUCUUAUUGACCACCCACAGUAUGGAGGAGGCCGAUGCCCUGGCAGACCGUGCUGGCAUCCUCGCGAAGCGCAUGCUUGCCAUGGGUACCACGGAAAACUUACGCCAGCGAUUUGGCGACGCUCUGCAUGUCCAUCUUGUCAGCAAGACAGCGCCCCAUUCCACGCCCGAAGAGAUGGAGCAGGUGCGGCAAUGGGUCUUGAGCGCCUACCCCAGUGCCCAGGUUGAGGAGAAAACAUACCACGGACAGAUGCGUUUCUCUGUCCCCGCGAACGAGGUCGUCGGCAGCGAGAAGGAGCGAAGCCCCGUCGGCCAGUUGAUCGUGGUUCUCGAAGAGCAGAAGGAGCGGUUAGGCAUUGAACACUACAGCGUCAGUCCCACAACGUUGGAUCAGGUCUUCUUGACUAUUGUUGGUCAGCACAAUGUGCAAGAGGAGAAUUAUGGCGAGAAACCCAAGAAGAGCAUAUGGAGAUGUGGCCUAUAG